CUUCGCGUGCGUUGUGUGCGGCUGCGCGGGUUUCCCAUCCCUCACACCAGCGGCUCACUCCGCAUUUUACCAUGCCUUUCACCCGAGACCCCUUCCAGCACCCUACGUUGGAUAACGAUGAUACCUUCCUGGGAAAACUCCGGGCUUCCAAGAAACUGCCAUAUAAGAACCCAGCUCACCUUGCUCAGCAACAGCAACCCUGGAGUCGGCUCAGCUCAACUCCCACAAUCUCCUCCAUGAGGCGGGAUGUUUCUUUUUUUGAUCCUGAGAUACCAAAGGAUAACCUGGAUUUCUGCUUAGCAGCCUUGUACAACCACCACACAGGGACAUUCAAGAACAAAAGUGAAAUACUCUUACACCAGGAGACCACCCAGGAUACCCAUGGAAUCAUCAAGACCCAAUUCCCUGGAGAACUUUUACCCCCUCCUCCGCCACCUUCCAUCACUUCCCGAGCUAACAUCAGACACUGGAUCAACCCUAAGAAGGAGUCUAUCCACAGCAUCCAGGGAUCCAUAGUGUCCCCUCACACUGCAGCCACCAAUGGAGGCUACUCCCGAAAGAAUGAUGGUGGCUUCUUCUCUACCUAAUGUUGACAGGUCCCUGGACUAAAUUAAUCAUAAUGGAACAUCCUGCUGCCCACCUCCAUUAAAUAGAAUUGUGCUGGAUGAA